GCACUGAACUGUUGAUACCCGGACCCUGAACCACCCACAGACUACCUGACAGUGCUGGCCCAAGGAUAUCUUUUGAUACACAGACUGCGCCAGCAGAAGUCCCCUUGUAGAAAACAGGCAGCUCCCUCCCACUGGCUUUGCUAAAACUUCUGCAGUAGGAAGUGUCCUACAGAGCCAAGUUACCAAACUGAUGUGUGGCUUUCCCUUAAUCCCCUCCCCCCGGCUUUCCACCUUCCAACAGCACGGCCGGCAUUGUGCGCACAGUGCUAGGUGCCAGCUGCUGUGUUUGGCGUAUAUUUUGAAAUUAAUGAUUCUGGACUUUGAGCACAGGGGCACUGAGAGCAGGUCAGCAGGUACUUAAGCGAUUUUCUUGCUCAUUCUGCUAGUUCUUCAGGGACUCCAGCAUCCAAACAAUCUUGCACAGGAUCACUUGAAGCAGGAAAUGGCUGCUCAGCAAACCUCUCUCUACCUUUUAGGUUAAAGUGACUUUAAACCAGCUGAAGGUGGAGCAGCAUCCCCCAGGGAGGGAGAGUGGGUCUCUUCUCAGCUCAUUCCAGUGGUCCCAGAUGUCUGAUGGGUGCAAGAUUGUUGGCCUGCAGGUGGAGGCCAGUGGGGAGCUGCAGUUCUUAGUCAAGCACUGCCAGUGGUCACGUCCAUCUGGCUUUGCAGAACGUGUGGAAAGACUUUCAAAUGAAAGGCGUCGCUGUGGCUUUUGGACUGGGAGAUGGGUGAAAUAUCUUAGGCUUGAAACCGAUUUCCUCUGGAGUGGUGCGCUUGCCCUGAACGCUUUGUCUCGGCCACUUUACUAGAUCCCUGCUGUAAAGGUUGCUUUGAAGAAUUCCUUCUCCUGCAGAGACAUCUUGAUGUGUCAAGCUAAAGAGAGAUCUGUAGUGAAGCAGUGUGUGACCUGAUGAGUGCUUCAGUUGAGGGUUAUUCUUUGACAGUUAGAGAAACACUGGGCCAAUCAGCCCUUUCAAGAACAGACUGAUUUGCCUCUCAUUUUAAGGAAGGAUGUCCUAAUUCAGGUCAUAAUGCAGCGUUCUCUAUGUAACUUGUGACACCUAGGGCGCUGUCAGCCUGUGGAGUGCUGUAAAAAGCAGGUAAAACAUCAGCAGCUGUUUUGCGGCUGGGGUAAGGCUGACGGAUUGACAAGGGGGAUGAGAACACGUAGUUCCUGGUGCUCUGCCUUCCUUGUGAUCUGACUGUCCUGAUACACAGGGGGGGCGUUAAGCAUCUUUACUAUUUUUGUAAGCGAUUAAAGGCACAAAGUAGAGCAGCAAGAGAGACUGCCCAAGUGAAAUACUUUGUGCUUUAUAACCCGCAAGUACCCACAGGUAGGUGCAAUAGUACUCCUCUCGUGCGUUUGUUGGGGUGCAACAAAAAAGUUUUGUUCCCUUCUUGGUCUUUGGUACAGGACACAGGCAGGUCAGCAAGCUGGAAGGUUAGACCAGGGAGUGGGACUGUUUCUUCAGUACCGAGAAAGACGAGCUUGUAAAACAGACUAGACAGACUUUCAUUGUACUAUUUCUCUUCCCUUAGCAAAGGUGGAGUUUAUGGUACUUGCUGGCAUGUUUUUCCUGACCCCUAGCUACUGCAUCUGUAAUUAUUUUUUUUUUUUUUUUUUUUUCCAAAAUGAAUUCAAAAUCUCUUAAUACAAAAACUUUACUGGAGUUCUGGAGAAAAAACAAGUGUUUAAGAUUCUCAUCAAUUUGCUUGAGACCUGCUGAGUGCACCAGAGUUACUCAUUCGUAUUCAGACUUUCAGGGGUUAGUUCAGUUGAUUUCUGUUUAGCAGUCAGAUUGCCAUGUUAACUGAUACCAGUUUAAAAAAAAAUAUGUUUUUGAGAUAACCUUUUUUAAAAUGGAAGGACUUUUGUGGAAUUCAGAACUUUGAGGUUUUUGGAAGGGGUGUUUCUCCUUCUGAGUGUGUGUGGGGGGGGAGUUGUAAAGGGUUUUUUUGUUCGUUGGGGGUUUUUUGUGUUUUUUUGUUGUUGUUUUAAAGUUUUGCUUUUUUCCCAUUCCUUAAACAAGAUCCAUUCAAAUUCUGAAGAGGUCUUGAAGUCUGCUCAGGAGUAUGGAAGGCAACAAGUAAAAUGCUGAGCUGCUUGCGUAUUCAAAAGAGCUAGAUCUGAGGGGAUUUCUCUUUUCCCCCCAUGGUGGUGGGUAUAGUAAAGUUGCGCUAUACAGGUGUGUCUCACUUCCUAGGGAAAAGAAAUGGCACCUUCUAGACCAUGAAUUCCUCCUGAUUUGUAUUGGAAUGCCUCUGCUGGGCAAAGCGGUGGUCCUUAAUUGCCUUCCAUUUAAGAGUUGGCUUGUGCAAACUGCAGAAAUCGUGCUUGAAAUUUAAUUUAAUUAUCAAUGGCAUCAGUAACACAUUUGGAAAAAUGUUUCUUGUCAAACUUCUACCUGAAGGAGCGCCAGUAAUUUCUAGAAGGAGAUGCGUAGGAAUCUGUAUGACACAACAGUCUGUUUUUGAAGGUGCUAAGGGUGAAAAGUGAAUAGUCCCAUCAAUACUGAAGAAGGGAAGGAAACCUUGCGCUUAACAACUAUUUUUCUUCCCUUUGCCAAGCAGUCAAAACCCAAUAACUAACAUGAGAACCCAACUUUUCCUCUCUUUAUUUUAGAUUUGGGAAAAUUCCCUGCCAAAAAUAAAAAUCCUGGAAAAUUCACUAGUGUUUGUGUGAGUAGAAGGUUCCAACCUUUUGUUAUUAAUUUGUAAGAACUAUUUCAUUCCGUUUUGUCCAAGAGAGUCAGAAAUACUUGCACAGAAAUGCGCAGCAUGGGAAUGAAAGGGGUCAGAACCGCUUGAAUUUGAGCUUUAUCUGGUGUGGUUGCAGGUUUUAUGGCAUUUAGUAUCUUUAGAACAGUAAGAAUCACAGUAUCUGACUUUGCAUCCAAAAAACCUGCUUGUGGCUAGGGAAGAUCAGUUUCAGCGCUGGAGGCACCAAAAAAUCAUCAGCUGUCGAACUGGACCUAAGCCAUCUUUUCAAACCUUCCGUGAUCUUGCUGCAAUGCAUGAUGAUGGAUUUAUGGAUUAGAGAACAGCGUAUGAUGGCAAACUUGUAGCAUUGGCUCUGAUGUAAAAAGAGAACAAAUUCUUUCCAAAAAUCAAAGUAAUUCCAAAUUCUUGGUAUCACGCAGCCAUGCCACUUGCAAAGGAAGCAUUUCCCUGCCUCUCAAAGCUUGCUGUAUCCUCGAUCUGCUGUCUCCCUGCUGUUAAUUGAUUGCAACUCCGCGUGUCCGAUUAGGGCUGAGAGUUGCUCUCGCUACGGAUAUCGUGCACCAUGUGCUGCGCACGCUCGUGUGUAUAGAAACGUUGAUACUGUAUGCGUGUACAUAGGUAUGCCUGUUUGUGUGCUGACCCCAAAAUCACUCGUGUUAUAAAGCAUCAGCCUUGAAGGCAUAUUCAUCAAACUGUUAUGUAGAUCUUUUGGGUUUGCCGGUUCCCUCAAAAUGAGAGACUUUUUAUGCAGUCUGCUGUGGCAAAUAGCCCCACAUUCUAAUUUUUACUAUCGCUCUUGCUGACUUUAUCAUCCCUUGCUCUUGGUGUGUGCAUGAACGGGUAUGUGUACGUAUGUCCAGACAGUAUUUAACAGGUCGAGUUGACUAAAACAACUGUAAGGAGUGGAAAUUCUGACUGUUCUGCUUCAGCUUUGGACAACUUGGCUUCAGAUUCUCAUGCAGAGAACGAGAUGUGUUAGCAAGAGCUUGUCCUGUGCUUCAGAUGACAUGCUGGGUGGUUUGCAUACGCAUCAUAGUGCAGCGUUCUCUGUGUAACUUGUGACACCGAGGGCGCUGUCAGCCUAGUGGAGUGCGGUAACCAGCAGGGUUACUUUGAAAAAGAAGAUUUGACUGACCAAGCCAUUAGGAGACUUUCAGUCCAAGAAAGAGUGAAGCCAGCUCUUGCCAGGACGGGAGGAAGUCCCUGUUGAGAGCGAAGCCUUCGAACCUGAGCUGGUUCUCAGACGGUGUCGAUUAUGUCCAAGCAAGGGGACGACUGCUACUUCUAUUUCUAUUCCACCUGUGACAAGGGAGACAGCUGUUCCUUCCGCCACUGUGCGGCCGCUCUGGGAAAUGAGAGAGUGUGCAGGCUGUGGCAGGAGGGUCGCUGUUUCAAGACUACCUGCAGAUUCAGACACAUGGAAGUCGAUAAAAAACGCAGUGAGAUUCCUUGCUACUGGGAGAAUCAACCAGUUGGCUGUCAAAAAUCCAACUGCGCUUUCCAUCACACGAAAGGACGUUAUGUUGAUGGACUCUUCUUACCGCCAAGCAAAACUACGCUUCCAAGUCCACCUGAGUCUGCAGAAGAUGAUGUGAAAAUGGCUCAGGCGUCACUGCAGCAAAACAAACUUUCUGUCCAGUCAAAUCCCUCUCCGCAGCUGAGGGGGGUGAUGAAAGUGGAAAACUCUGAAAAUGUCCCAAGUCCUACACAUCCUCCAGUUGUAAUCAAUGCUGCAGAUGAUGAUGAAGAUGAUGAUGAGCAGCUUUCUGAAGAAGGAGAUGAAACUAAAACACCUGUCCAGCAACCGGCAACAGAAGCCUGUAGUGGAUCGCAGAUAAUUUCCACUAGGAAAGGCAGGGCUAAUACAAAGCAAGAGGACAACUUAAAUUUUGGAUUAAAAAGAGUUAAAGAAAUCAAAUUGGAGAAACUAAAGAAAAAAACAAAAAGCCAAGGUGGGGAGGAGCCUGUGAUUCAAGUGAAUCUUGGCGAGAGGAUGGGAAAACGGAAAGCCUCCAUAGCUGGUAGAAGUGUCCUUCCAUUAAAGUGCAACCUUGCUGACAGGCUGGGGAAGAAGACAGAGGUUCUGGAGAAUGCUGACAACGCACCAAAGAGAGUUCAAGUCCCCAGGUCUCUGAAGGAGAGGCUAGGACUGCCCUCUGAACAGAGCCGUACAGAGACAGAGAAGGCUGCUAAGCCAGCAGGAGAGAUCCAUGUGAAAACACUGGAGGAAAUUCGACUUGAGAGCACUAAUCGGAGACGAGGAGAACCCCAAGUGAAACCCCAGACUGAAGGACGUUGUAAAACAGAAGAUCCCAGCUUGGGGGCAAGACCUUCCCCUGCAGUUCACGUCAAAACUUUCUCAGGCUCCCUGGCUGAAAAAAACCACAAGCGAUUGGAACGAGAGAAGCAAAAAACAAAAGAGUUUCCUACCAAGACAAAAGUUGAGAGCAAACCCAAGAAGCAGAGCACACUUGCUCCGUCUGUGCUCAGCCAAGCGCGCCCGGCAGAGCCGGCACGUAAAGCCAAGCCAGCAGGAGAAGUGCGUGUUAAAACCUUGGAAGAAAUCAAGCGGGAGAAAGCUCUGCGGAUGCAGCAGAGUGGAGGAAAAGUGCCAGCUCCACCAGCACAACCUGAACCUGCCCCGACAGGGAGGAGGUUGUUACGGAUCACAAAGCUAAUAGAAGCACCUGGAAGAGAAGAAAAGAUGAUAGUGGAAUUGAGCAAGCCUUUUCCCAAAGCUGUCUCUGCAGCUGCAGAGCCCUCUGAUCAGAGUGCAACUAAUUCUAAAGUUCAAGUGAAGAGCCUUGAAGAGAUAAUGUGGGAGAAGCGGCAACUGAAGCAACGCCAAGAAGAGAAGCUUCAGAAGGAAGCAGCUGCUGUGCCAUCUCCUACUGAACAGGCAAUCAAGGAUAAAACUGCAGCAUCAGGGAGUCCUGAAUCCAGUGUGGUUUCAGGGUCAGCUUAUCAGCUUCCAAAGAGGAUAUUGGUGAAAUCUCCGGGAGAUGGGGUUGAAAGCCCCGGAAAGGGUGCUGCCAUAUCACCAGGGGAACGGGCAGCUCAACUUCCGGAAUGGUUAGCUGAAACCAGACGGAAGGGGUGCCUGAAGCCUUUGGAUGGGAAAGCCACCUCUCCCACAAAGCAGCCACUGAAACGUAAGGCAGCCGAGAGUCAUCCGUCUGCCGUGGCGGCUGUGAAGCCAUUGAGUGCCACUGGUGGCGACGGGAAGGAGCCUUCAGCUAAAAAAGCAGCUGUGGCUGUUGUUCCGGCUUUGCCAGAGGGCAGCCUCCUCUCCAUACGCGGGAAAGGAAAACCCCAAACCAGUCCUGAACUGCAUAUUGGAAGCCAAGCGGACUCUGUGGCACCGUCGGAGGUCUCAAGCUCGACCUCAGCUUCCUCACAAGUAGCAGUAAAGACACGCCGGUUGAGCUCCACAGGAGCUGGGAAAGCACCUUUAUCUGUAGAAGAUGACUUUGAGAAGCUUAUUUGGGAAAUCUCAGGAGGCAAACUGGAAGCAGAAAUUGACCUGGACCCAGGGAAGGAUGAGGAUGAUCUCCUCAUGGAACUUUCUGAAAUGAUUGACAGCUGAACUGCAUAGUCUUAAGGUUUAAAAAAAAAAAA